AGGAGGGCGGGCGGGAUGCACGCGGCGCGGACGCUGCGGGUUCCGGGCCGCCACGGCUACGCCGCCGAGUUCUCCCCGUACCUGCCGGGCCGCCUGGCCUGCGCCGCGGCGCAGCACUACGGCAUCGCGGGCUGUGGAACACUACUAAUAUUGGAUCAAAAUGAGUCUGGGCUUCAGGUUUUUAGAAGCUUUGACUGGAAUGAUGGUUUGUUUGAUGUGACCUGGAGUGAAAACAAUGAACAUGUCCUUGUCACCUGCAGUGGUGAUGGCUCACUGCAGCUCUGGGACACUGCCAAAGCCACAGGGCCACUGCAGGUCUAUAAAGAGCACACUCAAGAGGUAUAUAGCGUUGACUGGAGCCAAACCAGAGGUGAACAGCUUGUGGUGUCUGGUUCGUGGGAUCAAACAGUCAAAGUGUGGGAUCCAACUGUUGGAAAUUCUCUGUGUACCUUUAGAGGCCAUGAAAGUGUCAUUUAUAGCACAAUCUGGUCUCCUCACAUCCCUGGUUGUUUUGCUUCAGCCUCAGGUGAUCAGACUCUGCGAGUUUGGGAUGUGAAGGCAGCAGGAGUCAGAAUUGUGAUCCCAGCGCAUCAGGCUGAAAUCCUGAGCUGUGACUGGUGUAAAUACAAUGAGAACUUGGUGGUGACAGGAGCAGUUGAUUGUAGCUUGAGAGGCUGGGACUUAAGGAAUGUCCGACAACCCGUGUUUGAACUUCUUGGUCAUACCUAUGCGAUUAGGAGGGUGAAAUGCUCGCCAUUUCACGCCUCGGUGCUGGCCUCCUGCUCCUAUGACUUCACUGUACGAUUCUGGAAUUUUUCAAAGCCUGACCCUCUUCUUGAAACAGUGGAACAUCAUACAGAGUUUACCUGUGGCUUAGACCUAAGUCUUCAGAGCCCCACUCAGGUGGCUGACUGCUCCUGGGAUGAAACAAUAAAGAUAUAUGAUCCUGCCUGCCUUGCAGUUCCUGCUUGAGAUACACUGCUGUGCCCCGAAAUGCAGAUGCCGGAGGAGGAAUGCCCAACAGCCAGUAAACCACCAUGGGAAGCACACGCUGAAUGCCUUUAUGUGCUGUUGCAGCGGCUGACAGAGACUGUGGUCCUACUGCAAGCCUGGUACACAAGCCAUAUUUCCUGAGAUCCCAUGGAAAAACUGAUGUUACAUUUUGUAAUGUCUAUUAGAAUGUAAUUCUCUACAUUACAAAAUGUACUAAAAUAUGAGCAGUCAGUAGAUUACAUGAACAUUAGUUUAAUUUUUAACUUGUCAUUUUGUUGGGAAAUAUAAUCACUGCUGUUGAUAAAAAUCAAAAUAAAUUAUAUUCAUCCUGUCA